UGAGGUCCCAGGUGACAUGGAGUAGCACAUAUGCGGAUUUACCUGUGUGGUGUCUAUAAAUGUAAAUUAUAUAUAGGAAAUAUACUGAGGAGCAGCUUUUGCAUUAAGGACAGGCACUUCCAUUAAUAAUUAGAGGGGAUUGAUGUCAGGGCCUACUAUUGUAGAGGUUUCAGCAGGGAUAUUGGUUAUUGAUCCAAAAUUAUUGGGGAGAUUUAUCAAUCAUCCUAAAACCCUAUUAUAUGUAUGAAUCCAGCAGAUCAUCUACAUACAAAAGAGCUGGUUUGUGAUUGGUUGGUCUUGAUACAAGUGAGCUGGCCUGUGAUUGGUCGGUCUGGCUUGGCACCUGCACGGUAUGUUUGUCUGUUGUCCUGACAACCAACCACUCAGCUGGAGCGACCGCCAGAGGAGGAGCUAUUCUGUGAUUUCUGAGCCGUACAAGUGCAUUAUUGUAUUAUUUGUUGCGUCUUAGUGUCUGUGUGUGUUGUUUGUUGUUGUGUGUCUGUGUGUCUGUGCUUUUAUUUCAGGUAACACCUCACUUUCCGGUUAUACCAUCCUUUCCGGAUCAUCCAGUGAUGGAGCGCCACACUUUUGAAAGGACACCCCACUAUGACUACACGGAUGACGAGUACCUAAUAUGAUAGAUUUACCAAGACCAGCAAUUCAUAACAGAUGUAAAGUAAACUAUCUACAGCCAACCCAUACACAAUGUAUAGAGAGGCAGAGCACAUACAUGACUGCCUUUCCAUGCUCGAUAUCACAGGUGGUCCCAACAAUGAGACCCCUGCAAUCAUACUGCAUACUUAUCCCCCAUUCUGGGAAUAGGGUAUACAUCUUAACCUCUUAAGGACGCAGGGCGUAUGGAUACGCCCUGCAUUCCGAGUCCUUAAGGACGCAGGGCGUAUCCAUACGCCCGUGGGAAUUUCGGUCCCCACCGUUAGCCGGUUGGGGACCGAAGCCGGAUGCCUGCUGAAAUCUGCCCGCCCCUGGUUGUCAAGGGGCUCUGGAAAGAAGAUGGAGGCCGUACCUGCAGGAGAAGAUGCCUGGGGACCUGGGAUCUUCGCUUGAGCCUGCAGGAUCCUGAUCAGGUCUUUGAGAUGAACAGAAGGGCCAUAGACAUUAUCACAGCGUUCCAGGAAGAAAACAGAGAACAGGAACUAAGGAUCACCCAAUACUAUGAAGAAGAGGAGAAGAAGGAGAAGGAAAACAAAGAAGAGGAAGAGGAAAAAGAGGAGGAUGAAGGGGAGGAAAAAGAAGAGGAAGAGAAGGAGAAAAAGAAGAAAUAUGAAGAGGAGAAGGAGAACGAAGAUGAGAAGCAGGAUGAAGGGGACAAUGAAGAAAAAAAAGAAGAGAAGGAGGAAGAGAAUGACAGAAAGGAGAAAGAACAAGUGGAGAAGAAUGAAGGGCAGAAUGAAGCAGAGGAAGAGGUAAAGAAGGAGAAAGAUGAAAAGGUCUUUGAGAUGAACAGAAGGGCCAUAGACAUUAUCACAGCGUUCCAGGAAGAAAACAGAGAACAGGGACUAAGGAUCACCCAAUACUAUGAUAUCACGCUCUCUUCUUUACCACACACUGCCAUCUGGCAUCAGGGACAGUUACACAUCUAUGCAUACAUAGAGACCAUCGACACAUUGAGGAUUAUUACCACUAUCUGCAGAUUACAUCAACAUUCAACAAUAAAAGUAUCUCUAUUGUUUAACCCUUUCAGCGCUGGGAUAUGUUUAUUUAAAUAUAUAUAUUUUUAUACACACACUCUACUGUAGAGACCCUGCUCAGGUUUCAGUUUGCGGCCCAAUUUCCUGCCACAGGGUGUGGAUUAAAGUUGCUCGUGAUGCGAUAGCUACACAGCACUUAGCAUGACUGGAAGCCAACAAUGAGUUAAGUGUAUGCAGAAGAGUCCUUGCUCAGCUACUACUUUUUACUGACAAGAAAAAUUCUUCUCAUUGGAGCAGGAAGCAGGAUUUUGGAGAUAACUGGAAAAUGAGUUCUGACUAGGCCUAAACUCCUCUCACAUGGGACCUAGCAGAGAUAUGAGACAAUCAGGUUCAAGUCCUCUAGCCUGUUCAGGACGUAGGGCGUAUGCAUACGCCCUGCAUCCCGAGUCCUUUAGGACGUAGGGCGUAUGGAUACGCCCGUGGGAAUUCCGGUCCCCACCGCUAGCCAGUUGGGGACCGGACUGGGAUGCCUGCUGAAAUCAUUCAGCAGGCAUCCCGGCACAUCGCCGAGGGGGGUCCUGAGACACCCCCAUGUUGGCGAUCGGAAAAAAUGACAUGUCAAUUCAGACAUGCGAUUUUCUCCUAUUUCGGGAUGAUCGGGUCUCUAGUGACCCCAUCACGCG